AUGCGGCCAGCUCCAACCCUUUCGGUCCUUCCCGUCAUCGGCCUUGCCCCAACGCCAAGCCCAUCUUUACCCCAGACGGACAUUUUCGAAUGGCUUAUCAAAGGAUAUGAGAAGCGCGGACUUACGCCGCCCGCCUAUGACGCUCUCCAGGCUAGAGAAAUCCAGUUUCGAAAUAUCCUCAAAACUAUCAAGAGGUGGCUUGAGGCGGAUGGCAAAACCUUCUGGAGUGACUUUCAGCCGCAAAUCACAGAGGCUCAAGAAGUGGCCAAUGCCAGCCACAGUAAACUGGUGACAGACGCCGUGGACAUUGCAGAACAGGUCCAAAUAGUACAGGUAUAUGCCCUAUGGACCGAACGCGUUGACUCGGGAAAGCACCCCUGGCUUUGGGAGGUAGAGUUGGACAGGGCGGAGCUGGUGACGGAGCUAUGUGACAAGUAUGUAAACGAGGGCCCCGAAGCCAUGUAUAGCUUUGUUGGCAGCUAUUCGUACUGCAGCAAGAGACCCCUGUCCUGUCUUGUUGGGGCCAUCGUGGCAGCUGCCCUGGGGCCUGUCGCGGGCGCCUUGCUUGGUGAUGGGACUGCAGCCGCCAUUUUGCUGACGGGAGGAAUAGCCGGUGCUGUUAGCAGUGUUUCUGCAGGUGCAACUGCCGCGGCACUAGAUUGCCAACCCUAUGGGGUUAGACAAGUAGGGUGGGAUGCCUUGAUUGGAUUCGCAGCGGGCCUUGUCACCGCUGGCACUGACCAGCUCGUGACUCAAAGUCUGAGUAGGACUAUCCGCCUGAGUACCCGCCAAAUUGUAGGUGCAACCGUGGGAUCAGGGAUAGGAACCGCUUCUUCGACAAUGCUCGAGAGUUAUGUCAGGGGCAACGAGAUUCGUUGGUCCGACGUCCCUUUGAGCACUGCCAUCGGGCUCAGUAUUGGAUACAUGCUUGCAAGAAGAGCAGCUCGGCAAUCUAAUGAUACGAGACUUACACUAAAACAAGGGGGUGAGAUGAUGAGAGGGCGCUUAUCAACUGCUACCUCGAUGUCCGAUAUCUCAGUGCCAGCGUCAUCUUCACGCUUGAUGCCAAAGGAUCAACUCGGGGCUAGCUGGACAUCUUUAAUCAAUUCUAUUGAGUACUUCUGGAUGAUCGAGAUCUAG